UUAUGAUAAAAAAACGUGCUUGAACGUGCUCGUAUUUUGCUUUGUUGUGUUUUCAUCAAAUUUGAUGACAAUUGAAAAGUUCCUUUUUAUUUCUCUACGUUUGAUGUCAUAAUUAACUAAUUAUAAUAAUUCGGAAGAAAAUAUAAAAGAAGAAUAAUGGAAAUCAAUAUUUAUUGAUUGAACAAUUUUUCAUGUAUUCGAAAUGUCAGGGACCAAAAUGUUCAAUAGUUUUUCUUCAUCGAGAGGAUAUGGUCGAGGAGGCCGUGGUGGUCGAGGUGGCGGUGGACGAGGACGAGGAGGUCAUCCUCCUGGUUUAAGUGGAAAAGAAAUUGGUCUCUAUUAUAGGGACAAGGCGAGACACAGUGCUAAAAAAAGAGAAGAUGAAGCUAAAAUUCUUCGAUUAAAUCCAAACACCGAAAGACGAAUUACAUCGUUAAUUGAUUUUCGAAAAAUUCCCGAUAAUCUAUUUAAUCGAGAAUCAAAUAGAACAAAUGUUGCGUCAUCAUUCAACGAUCAGGAAAAUAAAUACGAAAAUAUGUACAUGCACAUAAAUGAUUCUCAAUUUAAGCGGAAAUUUUUGAAUAUCGUCACUGGAAAUAUACAGGAAAAUCUCAUGAAUUCUUUACGUACGAGUUCGAAAUUAAAAAGAAAUCAAGCCAUUGAUGAAAGAUUCUAUCAAGAUUAUCAAAAAAUGAUAAAUACAAAGGAGUAUUUGAAUAUGUUGAAUUUUCGUAAACUACUUCCUGCGUUUAAUAGACGGGAGGAAAUAUUAGAUCUUUUGAAACAUAAUCAAGUCAUACUGAUCAGCGGUGAAACAGGAUGUGGUAAAACGACUCAAGUAGCGCAAUUCAUACUCGAUAAUGAAUUGUUGAAGAAAAAUGGCAGUAUUACGAAAAUAGUUUGUACUCAACCAAGACGAAUAAGUGCCAUAUCAGUUGCCGAGAGAGUUGCAGCCGAAAGAGGCGAAUCACUGGGUAAUUCAGUUGGUUAUCAAAUUCGUCUCGAAAGAAUUCUUAGUCGACAGGAAGGCUGUAUAAUGUUUUGCACAACUGGAAUGUUGUUACAAUUUAUGCAAGGCGAUCCUGCUUUAACGGAUAUUUCGCAUAUCAUUUUAGACGAAAUUCACGAACGCAACACGCAAAGUGAUUUUAUCAUUGCGUUACUCAAACAAGUGAUUCCAAAGAGGCCAGACUUGAAAGUAAUUCUCAUGAGUGCAACACUAAAUAGUGACAAAUUUUCCAAAUAUUAUGGCGACUGUCCGAAAAUGCAUAUUCCAGGAUUUACGUUCCCCGUGGAAGAGUUUUAUCUGGAGGACGCGAUAUUAUUUACACGAUUUCAAUUUCCAGACGAUACAAGAAACGUCGGGGCGCAAAAGCAUUAUAAGAAGUUUAUGAAAAAACAUAAAUUUCAAGACAAAGACGAUCAGUACUUGGAUUUUAUAGGACCUUAUGUGCGUCAUCUACAAUCUCAGAGAAAAUAUCCACAAUUCGUAAUUGAUCAAUUGCGCAAUCCAAAAUGUGAAGAUUUGUCACUUGAACUUAUAGAACAAUUAGUCGCUUAUAUUUGCUCUACACAACCACCUGGUGCUAUACUCAUUUUUCUUCCUGGCGUAAUGGAUAUUACAAAAUUACAUAGACUAAUAACGGAGAGUCACCGAUAUCCAAGAGAUAGAUAUAUUGUGUAUCCGCUACAUUCCCGAAUGCCGACAGUCGACCAAAAGUUAAUAUUCGAUGUACCACCGUCCGGAGUACGGAAAAUAAUCAUAUCAACCUCGAUAGCAGAGACAUCGAUAACAAUCGAAGAUGUUGUUUACGUUAUUGAUUGUGGAAAGACGAAACUCUCUCGAUUCGAUGUGGAAAAUAAUAUUCAAACCCUAUUGCCCGAAUGGGAAACAAUCGCAAAUGCACAACAAAGACGUGGACGAGCCGGAAGAGUGAAACCCGGUAUUUGUUUUCAUCUCUACACGAGAGCUAGGGAAAAUACAUUCGAUCAUUAUCCAUUACCGGAAAUGUUACGCUCACGACUAGAGGAAGUUAUAUUGCAAAUUAAAAUAUUACAAUUAGGAAGAUCGAGUAAUUUCCUAGCCAGCGUUAUGGAUCCUCCUGAUUCUAAAGCCAUUGAUAUCUCUCUCGAUUUAUUGAGACAACUUAAUGCUCUCGAUGAUAAUGAGCGUCUAACACCUCUUGGUUAUCAUUUGGCGCAAUUACCUCUGGAUCCAAGAACAGGUAAAAUGAUAAUUUGGGCUUCACUUUUCUCGUGCAUCGAGCCAAUAUUUUCGAUAGCUGCCAGUCUGUCUUUUAAAGACGCAUUUUAUUGUCCAAUUAAUAGAGAGGAGGAGGCGCGAAAUAAAAAAAUUGAACUUGGAAUGGGACAAUUUAGCGAUCACAUUGCACUUGCCGAGGCGCUCAAACGUUUUGAAUCAAAUAAUCAUCGUUGGCAUCAGAGUGCAUCAUUUUGUCGGGAAUAUUUUCUAUCGCGUAAUACACUUCAAUUAUUAUCGGACAUGAAGUGUCAGUUUGCUCGUUAUUUACACGAAAUGAAAUUUCUUCAGAAUGAAAAUGUACGUGACAGUAAUGCCAAUAGAAAUUCUAAUAAUUUGUCACUUAUAAAGGCAAUUAUCUGCGCUGGACUCUAUCCAAACAUUGCGAUUGUCAAAGGUGUUACAAAACAUAAUGUGAAAGUGUCCACACCUGAAGAUGGAAAAGUGAAGAUACAUCCUUCGAGUAUAAACGAAAAGGUUCGAAGCAUGCCCAGUUGUUAUUUAAUUUACUUCUUUAAAAAACGAUCGACUGCAAUUUAUUUACACGAUACAACAUUUGUCAGUGCGUGGGCUUUACUAUUCGCCAAUUUUAAUAAACUCUCAGAGACCCUUGGAAAUAGAAGUGUCGUGACUGUCACGAAUACUUUAAAAUUCUCCUGUGAUUCCAGCACAGCCAGAAUUAUUCAAAAAUUGCGCGAACAAUUGGAAGGACUUUUGGAGCAUAAAAUAACCCAUCCAGGAACUGUUGAUUGGAAGGGACAAGAGGGACGAAUUGUCAAUGCAAUUAUAGAACUUUUGUCACAAGGCGAAGAAGACAUGGGUUUAGAGUCAGGAAAAUAUCAUCAACUUGAUGAAAAUGAAAUCGAUGAUGAUUCUGAUUAGUGAAAUUUGGACUGCCGUUAAUAAAAAAAAUUUAUUUUCUUUAAAAAAAUUAAUAACAUUUGUAAAUAUUACAAAUUUAAACUUUCUUUUGCUCAAUAUUAUUAAUAUACUGAGACCGCAGUUUUUCACGUUGCAUUUUUAAUAUUCAUAAAAAAUUAUUUUUCGUUCAAUUAAAAAUGAAUUGUUUCAAUCGCAAAAAAGAAUUAUUUCUACAAUAAAAAAGAAUUGAAGUCAAAA